CUUUGUCCAAUUUGUAGGCUUUUACCGGCUAUAAGUUAAUUCAGUCUUGUUUAUAUUUUUAAAACGUUCGGUUGUGUUUUUUGUCUGUUGAAAGCCAGACAAACCAGCGUAAGAUUUUCAGUAUAUUUUGCAAUCUAUUGAAGUGUUCAAAGUUUUCAGAGCCAUUUUUUCAAUUUAUAACCCAUUAUGGAUCGGGCGUCUAUUUACUUCAUGGACGAAAGUCAACAAAAUACUUACGAUUUUGAUGAAGAAUUACCACCGCUUCCCCUGCCAGAUUUACACGAUACUAUGCAAAGAUAUUACGAAAGUGUUAAACCUUUUGGAACUGCAGAAGAGUUGGCUGUUACACGUAAAGCUAUAGAGGAUUUUGAAAAUGGUAUUGGGUCUGAAUUACAUGGUAAACUAAAAGAACGGGCAGGCAAAUUAAAAAAUUGGCUAGGUGAAUGGUGGGAUGCCUAUGCUUAUCACAUGCUAAGAUUACCACUAAAUCCCUAUAUUGUAAUGGCUAUGCCCGUCAAAUUGGAAGUUAUUGGUCUUACUGAAACUCCAGAAAUGGCCUUAAAGAAUUUAGCACGUUUUGCUUAUCACACUAUUGAAUUUUGGGAUUUACUGCAUAAGGCCACGAUUAAACCGUUAUCUUCAAAUGGUGGUAAAAUUAAGUAUUCCUCUGCUUUGUAUAAACGUUUCUAUUCCACCAGCCGUAUUCCAGGUUUAGAAAUUGAUCACAUAGAAUCGCAUUUCAAGACUGUUAAAGAUGGUAAAACACCCUCCCACUGCUUGGUUUCGGGUAAAGGUCGUAUUUUCAUGUUUGAUUGCUUACAUCCCAGCGAUGGUACCUUAAUUACUCCUCUAGAAAUUUUAGUGGUACUUCAAAGAAUACGCAGUAUUUUAGAUUACGAACCAAUGGGUGAUUGUGUACCAGUUUUAACACAUGAUGAUCGUACUAGUUGGGCAGAGAAUCGCACACGUUUAUUAGAGCUGUCGCCCAAUAAUAAAGACACUUUGAAAUUGAUAGAAAGUUCUUGUGUAGUUUUAGUGCUCGAUGAAAAUGAGCCGCGGGACUAUGCCGAAAUUUCACAAGCAGCCGUAUAUGGUGAUUAUCAUUCAAAGUGGGGUGAUCGUAGCAGUACCUUAAUCAGUUACAAAAAUGGAAAAUUCGCUUGUGUGGGAGAGCAUUCCUGUUAUGAUGGCACUGUUAGUGUUAGCUACAUUUUGUUUAUACAACUAAGUUUAAUUGAAGAACCUGAACCCAAUUGGGAUGAAUGCAAUUUGAUGCCUUUGGUACCAAUAAGAGAAAUAAAAUUUGUAUUAAAUGACAAAUUGAGAUCGGAAAUAGAACGCGUUAAACAGGCUUGUGAUGAAAGAGGUCAUGAUGUUUUAAUCACUCAUGAAUUAUUUGAAGAUUAUGGUAAAGAAUAUAUUAAGACAUGUAAAUUACAUCCAGAUUCUUUUGUACAAGUCAUUAUGCAAUUAGCAUACACAGAAAUGCACGAAGAGAUUGCUUCCACUUAUGAAACUGCUUUGAUGCGUCAUUAUUACAAUGGACGCACAGAAACCCUUAGAUCUUGCACUAAUGAAGUAUACAAUUUUAUACAAAUUGCACGUAAUACAAAUUCGUCAAAAGCAGAAAUUGUUAAUGCUUUUCGCAAAGCCGUCAAUCAUCAUAACCAUAUGAUGAAUGAAGCCCGCAAAGGGCAUGGAAUUGACCGUCAUUUGUUCGGUUUAUGGUGUACAGCUUACGAAAAUAAAAUUGAUAUACCAGAUUUCUAUUCAGAUCCACUAUAUUUGAAAUCAGGGGGUGGUGGUAAUUUUGUCUUAUCUACCAGUACUUUGGGUUAUUCAGUAAAUGUGGGCUUCGUUGCACCUAUGGUGUUGGAUGGAUAUGGCGUCUUUUAUACCAUAACAGGAGAACACAUUUUUAUACAAACUUCUGCUUUUCGUGAUAGUCAGAAAACUAGUGCCCACAAAUUUAAUCAACACUUUAUAAAUGCAUUCCGUAAAAUGAAGUCAUUACUAGAAGAAGUGUCACAGUCAAAACUAUAAUCCAGUGUGUAAAGUUAACCAUAUUAAUAUACAUAUGUAGUUGUAAGUAGUUUAAGUUAUAUGUAUAAUUGGUGCCGUGCAAUAAUUACAAAUCUGAGUGUAUAAUAUUUUAAUAUUUUUUGAAUUUUGAAAAUACCAAUAAUUGUCUACUUUUAUAAUUUAAGAUAAAUUUUAAUAUAUUCAUAGGCAUAUCCAGUUUAAUCGAGUGUGUAUUUUUUAUAUUAUCUGUAUUUAUCUACAUGAAAUAGCAUUUAAAUAAAUUUGUAUAAAAAUAUUAUGUUAUAACUAUUUUUUAUAACUCUUUAUUUAACUGGCUCUGUUAUAUUCUAAGUAAGGUUAAACAUUUUGAACCAUUUCGAAAGUUCGAAGUUCAGUUUAAAUUUGUAAGUUCUGAAAAUAAUCUCUAGAUUAGAAAGAUUUUUAAUGUUUGAAAAUUUAAAUCAUCUCUAAAACAUGUUAAAAUAAUCUCUUAAUUUUGAGGAUUCAUAAAAGUUUUAAAAACAAAUUCGAAAUAUUUAUGAAUUUCUUUUAAACAGUUUUUUUAAAGCAUAAAAAUAUUGUUAAAAUGUAAAAAAAUUUUUAUCUUAUUUAUUAUUUUCAAACAAUUUUAUUUUAAACGAAAACCAUUUUAUGUCUUUAUCGCAAAGUCUAUAUUCGACUUUUAACCUUCUCAAAAAUUCGAAUUAAAAAAAAUCAACUCUCCACAAAAAAAUAACGCAUUCAAUAGACUUCACGCAAUAAAAUAUGCUUUUUGGAACAAAUUAGUAUAAAAAUAUAAAUAAACCUUUGAAAAAAGUAUACUUUACUAAAGUAUUGAACAGCGCUAAGUUCGAAACUGGAAUCAGGAUUUAUCCGUUUUAAAUUAAAAAUUUACUCGAAUUCAGUUUACAGACAAAAACAAAAAACUCUUUAUAAAGACCGUUUAUUAAAAUCGUUCAUUUUAUUUAAUUUUCAAUUAUUUAAAACAUUCAUUUAUAAUUAAAUUUCAAUAUUAUUUAAUUCAAAAUUCAUUUUAAUUUAUAUUAAUAACUUCAUUUUUUUUUGCUUCAAAAUACAGUAUGUAUAUAGAAAGGGUAUUUAAUUAUACAUAUAGACGUAAUGCUUAAUUUUUCUUCUUAAUUUUUUACUUCGAAAUCGUGCUAACAAUUAUAUUUUUCUUUAUCUGGUUUGUAAGUGAUAGCACAGUGUUAUUAAUAAAAAGUACAUAAAUUUUAAAUUAUGUAUAGAAAAUUAUUUAAAUGAAAAUUAAACAAAGAAAAAACUAUAAAUUAAAAUAUGAAAAA